UGCUAAAUCUUAAAACGCGUAGCUGUCACUGUCACUGACAUAAUGCGUUUUGUAAAAUAAUUUGUUGUGGCUUUAAAACUGUAGUUUUCAGUAUUUUUAUGAUAUUGGUAUUACAUUAGUGAAAUUCAAAUUAUCAUUCAAAAUGAUGUUCAUUAAGUCACAUUUAACAGUGAUUACAUUAUGCCCAUUUAUUUGUUUUCGUGUCACAGCAGAUUUAAAUCAGGAUUCUAGUCAACCAGAUGCAUUUCUUUUCAAGAAUAUAUUCCUAGAAAGUAGAAAUGAAAGAUCAACCCAGUUUCAGAAUACCCCGCUAUUGAAUGGUCCACCGAAAAAUGAAGAAUGGCUACUGGACACCAAGUGGCCGCAAGCUUCAGACAUUCAGCUGGGACAGGUGGGCGGAGUGAGCGUCAACUCCCGGGGAGAAGUAGUAGUCUUCCACCGAGCUGACCGGGUCUGGGGCGCUCUGACGUUUGACCGACUCAACCGUUUCCAGGAAAAGGACAAUGGACCUAUCGCUUCAUCUACAGUAUUAGUGUUUCAUCCAGAAACUGGGGCUUUAUUACAACAAUGGGGCGAGCAUAUGUUUUACCUUCCCCACGGUAUCACAGUUGACAAGGAAGAUAACCUGUGGCUGACAGACGUUGCUCUGCACCAAGUGUUCAAAUUUCCUCCGCUAACUCUCAACCAGAAGUCUCCACUGUUGGCUUUGGGAAAGCCGUUUAUUCCCGGCAACAGUGCGGUUAGGUUCUGCAAGCCUACGUCCACAGCUGUGCUGGACUCAGGGGAUUUCUUUGUGGCCGACGGUUACUGCAACUCUCGACUAAUCAAGUUCAACAAGGCCGGCGAGAAACUUAUGGAGAUUGGGCAUUCUACCGUGUCAUAUGGCUACAACACUCCAGGACCAUACGAGUUCCAGAUCCCUCAUGCUCUUACGCUAGCUCCGGACAAGAAUCUUGUCUGUAUCGCAGACAGAGAAAAUGGACGAGUUCUGUGCUUUAGUUCAAACAACGGCACAUUUAUGUAUCAAAUAUCUUCUCCGCAGAUUGGAUCUCUUGUCUAUAGUGUUGCAUACACUCCAGCUCAAGGAGGGUUGUUUUUCAUCGUGAACGGCGCAGAGAGGAAGUACGGCGGAGUGCCUGCCAAGGGAUUUGUUCUGUCUGCAUCAAACCUGCGACUGAUAGCUGAGCUAGGUCAGGACCUGAGGAUGCCGCACGACAUGGCUGUGUCGGCCGACGGAAACUCUGUGUUUGUUGGAGAGAUCGGCCCUAACUUGGUUCACAAGUAUACACACAAUGGAACUCUUGAGCCCGUCUCAAAAACUACAGAGAUGCCCAAACCCCAGCCAGAAAUGAUAGCUCCUGUUUCGCCGCAAUCGUUAAGUCUACGUAGCACCCAAGGCACAGUGUUGCCAGCUGUUCUUGUGACAUGUGCUGCCAUUUUGUUUGGAGCGGCCAUCGUGACGGCAGCACUCGUCUACUCCCGGGCUCGUAGGAGAGGUUGCGGACACUGCAGCGGUCGGCGCUGGAUGCUGGGUCGUAGUCCAGCUGAGGGAUUCAUGAUUGGUCACCUCCUCGGACAACAUCAAGGCUUUGAGAAGCUGAGUACUGCGGAAGAGAGCGAGGAAGAGAUCACCAGUCUACAACCAUUUGCAUAGUAAAUCCACGCAGCAUGACAUCUAUUGUUGAGAGUGAUAUUGUAGAUUUAUCUCACGGUUAUGAGAACUUGAAUCGUAGGUCCUACAAAAUUCUUCCAGUUUGAAUGACAGGUUUUGAUCAUAGAACUUUGUCAUUCUCCGAUCAUUGUCUCCAUCAAACAUCAACAGUUCUAUGUUUAAUGUUUGGUGAGUCGGUGGCUCAGUUGGUAGCGUCACAGACUUCGGGCCCAAGGCAGCGAUGUCCUGAGUUCGGAUCCUGGUUAC